UGGUGAACUCGGGCCUCUCCGGAGCCGCCGCCGCCGCCGCCGCCGCCGCCGCAACCGUCUCUCAAGAGUGAGGGGCGCGGACGAGGUGAGCGAGGAGGCGGCGGCUGGGGCGGCGGGGACAGCAGCCACCAUGUCGGAUACGCGGCGGCGAGUGAAGGUCUAUACCCUCAACGAAGACCGUCAGUGGGACGACCGAGGCACCGGGCAUGUCUCGUCCACUUAUGUGGAGGAGCUCAAGGGGAUGUCGCUGCUGGUUCGGGCUGAGUCCGACGGAUCACUACUCUUGGAGUCAAAGAUAAAUCCAAACACUGCAUAUCAGAAACAACAGGAUACAUUAAUUGUUUGGUCGGAAGCUGAGAACUAUGAUCUGGCUCUGAGUUUUCAGGAAAAAGCUGGCUGCGAUGAGAUCUGGGAAAAAAUUUGUCAGGUUCAAGGUAAGGAUCCAUCUGUGGAAGUCACACAGGACCUCAUUGAUGAAUCAGAAGAAGAACGAUUUGAAGAAAUACCUGAAACCAGUCAUCUGAUUGACCUACCCACAUGUGAACUCAAUAAACUUGAAGAGAUUGCUGACUUAGUUACCUCAGUUCUCUCCUCACCUAUCCGUAGGGAAAAGCUGGCUCUGGCCUUGGAAAAUGAAGGCUAUAUUAAAAAACUACUGCAGCUGUUCCAAGCUUGUGAGAAUCUAGAAAACACCGAAGGCUUACACCAUUUGUAUGAAAUUAUUAGAGGAAUAUUAUUCCUAAAUAAGGCAACUCUGUUUGAAGUAAUGUUUUCUGACGAGUGUAUCAUGGAUGUUGUGGGAUGCCUUGAAUAUGACCCUGCUUUGGCUCAGCCAAAAAGGCAUAGAGAAUUUUUGACCAAAACUGCAAAGUUUAAGGAAGUUAUACCAAUAACAGACUCUGAACUAAGGCAAAAAAUACAUCAGACUUACAGGGUACAGUACAUUCAGGACAUCAUUUUGCCUACGCCAUCUGUUUUUGAGGAGAAUUUUCUUUCCACUCUAACGUCUUUUAUUUUCUUCAACAAAGUGGAGAUAGUCAGCAUGUUGCAGGAAGAUGAGAAGUUUUUGUCUGAAGUUUUUGCACAAUUAACGGAUGAAGCUACAGAUGAUGAUAAACGGCGUGAAUUAGUUAAUUUUUUCAAGGAAUUUUGUGCAUUUUCUCAGACAUUGCAGCCUCAAAACAGGGAUGCAUUUUUCAAAACUUUAGCAAAGUUGGGAAUUCUUCCUGCCCUUGAAAUUGUAAUGGGCAUGGAUGAUUUGCAAGUCAGAUCAGCAGCUACAGAUAUAUUUUCUUAUCUAGUAGAGUUUAGUCCAUCCAUGGUCCGAGAAUUUGUAAUGCAAGAAGCCCAGCAGAGUGAUGAUGAUAUCCUUCUCAUUAAUGUAGUAAUUGAGCAAAUGAUCUGUGAUACUGAUCCUGAGCUAGGAGGUGCUGUUCAGUUAAUGGGACUUCUUCGUACUCUAAUUGAUCCAGAAAACAUGCUGGCUACAACUAAUAAAACUGAAAAAAGUGAAUUUCUAAAUUUCUUCUACAACCAUUGUAUGCAUGUUCUCACAGCACCACUUUUGACCAAUACUUCAGAAGACAAGUGUGAAAAGGAUAAUAUAGUUGGAUCUAACAAAAACAGCACGAUUUGCCCUGAUAAUUAUCAAACAGCACAGCUGCUUGCCUUAAUUUUAGAACUACUCACAUUUUGUGUGGAACAUCACACAUAUCACAUAAAAAACUAUAUUAUGAACAAGGACUUGCUAAGAAGAGUCUUGGUCUUGAUGAAUUCAAAGCACACUUUCCUGGCCUUGUGUGCUCUUCGUUUUAUGAGGCGGAUAAUUGGCCUUAAAGAUGAAUUUUAUAAUCGUUACAUCACAAAGGGAAAUCUUUUUGAGCCAGUUAUAAAUGCUCUUCUGGAUAAUGGAACUCGGUACAAUCUGUUGAAUUCAGCUGUUAUUGAGUUAUUUGAAUUUAUAAGAGUGGAAGAUAUCAAGUCUCUUACUGCACAUAUAGUUGAAAACUUUUAUAAAGCACUUGAAUCAAUUGAAUAUGUUCAGACAUUCAAAGGAUUGAAGACUAAGUAUGAGCAAGAAAAAGACAGACAAAAUCAAAAACUGAACAGUGUACCAUCUAUAUUACGUAGUAACAGAUUUCGCAGAGAUGCAAAAGCCUUGGAAGAGGAUGAAGAAAUGUGGUUUAAUGAAGAUGAAGAGGAGGAAGGAAAAGCAGUUGUGGCACCAGUAGAAAAAUCUAAGCCAGAAGAUGAUUUUCCAGAUACUUAUGAAAAAUUUAUGGAGACAAAAAAAGCAAAAGAAAGUGAAGACAAGGAAAACCUUCCUAAAAGGACAUCAUCUAGUGGCUUCAAAUUUACAUUCUCCCACUCUGCCAGUACUGCUAAUGGAACAAAUAGUACAAACAGUAAGUCUGUGGUGGCCCAGACACCACCGGCAAGUUCUAAUGGAUCCUCCUCCAAAACUACAAACUUGGCUACAUCAGUAACAGCCACCAAGGGAAGUUUGGUUGGUUUAGUGGAUUAUCCAGAUGAUGAAGAGGAAGAUGAAGAAGAAGAAACAUCUCCCAGGAAAAGACCUCGUCUUGGCUCAUAAAAUACUUAGUGGGGACCCUCAACGUGUGGUCUUACUAAAAUGCUGCAACUGUUCGAUGAGCUGAAAAUCUGAAUCAGAAAGCUUUCUCACUUGAACUUAUAAAUAUAUGAGGAGUAGCAAAAAAUACUCAGUAUAUCAGCUAGGAGAGUUUAGUUCUGUAAAAGACCAGGCUUCCCAGGAACUUGAUUGCUUGCUAGUAAUUAAGGGUUUUGCCUUUCAGGCUGUCAAAAAAAAUAAAAUAAAAUAAGGUUAGUAACCAGAACCUGGGAGAUAGCUUCUCAGUGAGGAAACUCUCAGGUUUGGGGAUGGCUUGGGGGAGGGACAAGGUUGAUAAAAUAAUAUUAAAUGCAGGGUUGCUCCAGGGGGUAUCCGAUCUAGAAACAAUUACAAAACUUUAGUUACAAACCCAAUAACAUUACUUGUAUAAUGGUGCUGGCCAUGUUGUUCUUUUAAUAGGUUGCCUCUUUUUAAAAAAAUUUUUAUGAAACCAAAUUCAACUAUCAUAAAAGUGAAGUUAUGCUGUUGGGACCAUUUUUUUGAAGAUUUAACAGAAAUUCAGCCUUAUAGGUAGUUGGAAGGAAGUACACUCUGUGUUACAGUACAUGUUGAGUUUUCUACACCAGGAAUUUUCAGUAUGUAUUUUGAUGAAAACAAACUGGAUUCAAAAUGGACAGUUCUUCUUAAUAGAACUUUACAGCACUUUUAGAGAUAACUGAUGCCAAGAAUCAGUACAGUAGUAUUUCAUAAUGACUUUUCUCCAGAAACUUUGGAGUGUAUUGAACAGAAUGUUUCCAAAUGUCUCCCCGUAGUACAUACAAUCUUUUGUGCAAGAUAAUUUGAAGUCACUUUCUGCUUUGUUCAUAAAGUUGUCUCUCUCCAGAGCUGCGAGUAAGUUUUAAAGUAUAAUAUAUAAAGACUCACAUACAAAGACUAGUGCUGAAUUAAGUGGCAUUUAAUAUCUAGAGGCCAUUUGGAUCCCAGAAGUUAUUACUUCAGUAUCAAAGUCAGUAUGCAGCACAUGAAGUUUUCCAUAAAACAAACAAGGGUGUAAUAUGAAAGCUGCUUUUUUAAAAGAGUAAAAGCACAUUCCAUGUACGUAAAUGAAUUUAAAAUAAGUUGAGGCAAACAGUUAAGAGGUUUUAUUUUUAGAACAGCAAGUUACCUGUAAAUAUUUUAAUGUUAGUUUGCUCAUCUAUGAUCUGAGAUCAUGCUGAAGUGAGGAAAUACGUCCCCCAAACAACAACUUAAUGCAUUGGGGAAAAAACUAAAAACAGUAAUUCUGGCUACAAUCUUCAGAUCACCCUUGUAAUGUGUUAUGGGUCCAUUUUUCCUGGAAUAGCUUAACCUGAAGCAGUUUCCCCUGUUUUGGAGAUUUUGUAGUUAAUUUUAAUUUUGGCUAUUGUUUGGAAAAGAUGGGCUGUCUGUGUAGAUAUGAAGUAUAGUUUUUCCAUAAAACAGAUGUUUAUUUUGUAUUAAAAAUACCACUGUACUUGUUUUACACCAUUUGUAUACAUGUGGUGAUAUUAAUGCUGAACUGUAAAAUUCAGGAAUUAAAAUGUGACCCUGUAAUUCUA